AUGAUUCUGCACCCGGAAGAGCACAAUAGCCGUUUCUCAAAGACCAUCCAUCUUCACUGGAACAUCACAAAAGGAUAUAGAUCUCCGGAUGGCGUGCGUAAGCUUGUCUAUCUUGUCAAUGAUGAGUUUCCUGGGCCUAUCAUCGAGGCAAGACCAGGAGAUACCCUGGAAAUUGUGGUCUCUAAUCAUCUUGAAGAUGCAGAAGGCGUUGCUAUUCAUUGGCAUGGAUUACAUAUGAGAGGAGCAAAUGAGAUGGAUGGAGUCGUGGGAAUUACUCAAGAUGCUAUUCCAGCAGGAGAAGGCUUCACUUAUCGAUAUGAUCUCUCAAGUACGCAAGCUGGCACUUUCUGGUAUCAUUCGCACUCGGCUCUUCAAAGAAGUGAUGGACUCUAUGGUGGACUCGUCAUUCACGAGCCCAUCUCGGACAGCACGACAGGGUUUGCGAUGUCUAAUUAUGACCAUGAAGAGCUUCUCCUCAUCGGAGAUUGGUAUCAUCGGUCAGCAAUAGAUGUCCAAGCGAGCUAUCUCACGUUCAUGAGUUCAGGUCAUGAACCUGUUCCAGAUUCGUUGCUGCUAAAUGGUUUUGGAGCUUUCGACUGUUCAAUGGCUGUGCCAUCUCGUCCAGUAGAGUGCGAACAUGUUCAACGUCCGGCCCUGCGGCUACGGAAUGGUAGAACGAGGCUACGAGUUGUCAAUGUCGGGUCAAUGGCAGGCCUCAACAUAUCGAUACCCAAUAGCAAGAUGGAGGUUGUCCAUAUUGAUGGCGGCAAUCCAAUCAAUCUUGUAAUAGCCUCAGAAGUUGGUAUUCUCUAUCCAGGUGAACGGAUGGAUUUAAUACUCUCCUCUACUGGGAUCGAGAAUAUAUCUAUAAUACUUGAUCCAGAACUCUUCACUAUGCAGAAUCUAGCAUUGACAGCAACUCAAACAAUUGAAAUCAUCACACCUGCCAAUACUCGAUCUUCCCACGAGUCUACGGCUGCCGAUGAUCAGGAAGUGCAAUGGCCAACAACUUCCUUUGACCUAUCCACCGCUAAAGGUCUCCAACAACAAGCCAUGCCCACAACUGCCAAUCAAACGAUCCUCAUUUACACACACAUAGAAAUGCUCGCACAUUACGACCACGUGCCCAUGGCCUACAUGAAUCGAACAAACUGGAUCCCUCAAUCCCCACCACUCAUCUCCAUACCAACAUCCAAGUGGGACGACCAUCAAUUUAUGCCAGAGAUACACGGAAAUGGAGAAUGGGUUGAUAUUAUUGUGAAUAACCUCGACAAGGACGCUGGACAUCCCUUUCACUUGCAUGGUCAUGAUUUCUACGUCCUAACGAGACACGCAUUUCCUCGCCGAGCAGGCUACCGAACAUAUAACCCCUUUGAUCUCCCAUCAGACGCAGCACUUAUGUACCCAGAACCGAACCUUGUGAAUCCUCCACUUAAGGACACGGUUCAUAUCCCAAGAAGAGGAUACGUGAUUUUAAGAAUUAGGGCUGACAACCUUGGGAUCUGGUUCUUUCAUUGUCAUGUUUUGUGGCAUGCUGGGACUGGGAUGGGGAUGGGCUUUGUAGUCACAUAA